GCAGAAGGAACCUAAGAUGAAGGAAGCUGACUCUGGGUAGGCAAUUCUACUUCAUUUUGCAAUCUCUUUUCCUUUUUGCUUGCCUGUAAGAAUAUUCUAAGAUUGAAGAAGUUGUGGAGGUAAGAGUGAACUGUUUGGGAAUUCUUUCAUUAUCUCCCUUUUUAGGACAGCACAAAGAUCAAAUCACUGUCACCUCAUGCAAGAAAUAACUGUCAAAUCUCUGCUAUAUCAGUACUGGCUAAAUUAGGUGUUAAAUGAUUGAGCUUCAAGAUGGGCAAAUCAUGACUUCGGACUACAUUCCUCUUUGCCUGGGGGCUGGGAAAUUCCGUAAGCUCUCUGUGUUUCUAUCAGACUGGUCUUGAAGGCGGUGGCUGUUUGUGGAUCUCCGCAGAGCGCCAACGUUGGCUUAAAAAAACCCCAAAGCUAGAUUGUCCAAAAGGUAUCCAAAAGGUCCGCGCUGCUGCGAAGACUUCAGAUGAAAGAUGCUCCGGGCACUCCGUUAUCCUGGGCCCCUCUGCCCGACAUUUUUGAUUAAGCGCUGCCUCCUGGCGGCGGCUCUAAUGCCCGACGCCUUCCCAGCCUAGUGGAGUUCACUUUCUCUGGUUUGGAAUCUGGAAGCUGAUGCAACAGCUCCCCCGAGGGGGCGGGGAGUCGGGAACCCGGAGUGGAAGAGACGGCCUUCGGGAGACCCCUCCUCCGGCUCCGAGCAGGCAUUUUUCUGGCCUUCCCUUUUACUGCUGGCUGGGAAGGAGGAGCAUCAGACCACAGAUCCUGGAAGGCACUUUUCCUGACUGCUGCUGGCACUGCCGUGAGAACCUGCUUAUAUCCAGGACCAAGGAGGCAAUGCCAGGAAGCUGGUGAAGGGUUUCCUCUCCUCCACCAUGGUUGACAGCACUGAGUAUGAAGGGGCCUCCCAACCUGAGGUGGAAACCUCCCCUUUGGGUGAUGGGGCCAGCCCAGGGCCGGAGCAGGUAAAGCUGAAGAAGGAGAUCUCACUGCUUAACGGCGUGUGCCUGAUUGUGGGGAACAUGAUCGGCUCGGGCAUCUUUGUUUCCCCCAAGGGUGUGCUCAUAUACAGUGCCUCCUUUGGUCUCUCUCUGGUCAUCUGGGCUGUCGGGGGCCUCUUCUCCGUCUUUGGGGCCCUUUGUUAUGCGGAACUGGGCACCACCAUUAAGAAAUCUGGGGCCAGCUAUGCCUAUAUCCUGGAGGCCUUUGGAGGAUUCCUUGCUUUCAUCAGACUCUGGACCUCCCUGCUCAUCAGUGAGCCCACCAGCCAGGCCAUCAUUGCCAUCACCUUUGCCAACUACAUGGUACAGCCUCUCUUCCCAAGCUGCUUGGCCCCUUAUGCUGCCAGCCGCCUGCUGGCUGCUGCCUGCAUCUGUCUCUUAACCUUCAUUAACUGUGCCUAUGUCAAGUGGGGAACCCUGGUACAAGAUAUUUUCACCUAUGCUAAAGUAUUGGCGCUGAUCGCGAUCAUCAUUGCAGGCAUUGUUAGACUUGGCCAGGGAGCCUCCACUCAUUUUGAGAAUUCCUUUGAGGGUUCAUCAUAUGCAGUGGGUGACAUUGCCCUGGCACUGUACUCAGCUCUGUUCUCAUACUCAGGCUGGGACACUCUCAACUAUGUCACAGAAGAGAUCAAGAAUCCUGAGAGGAACCUGCCCCUCUCCAUUGGCAUCUCCAUGCCCAUUGUCACCAUCAUCUAUAUCUUGACCAAUGUGGCCUAUUAUACUGUGCUAGACAUGAGAGACAUCUUGGCCAGUGAUGCUGUUGCUGUGACUUUUGCAGAUCAGACAUUUGGAAUAUUUAACUGGAUAAUUCCACUGUCAGUUGCAUUAUCCUGUUUUGGUGGCCUCAAUGCCUCCAUUGUGGCUGCUUCUAGGCUUUUCUUUGUGGGCUCAAGAGAAGGCCAUCUCCCUGAUGCCAUCUGCAUGAUCCAUGUUGAGCGGUUCACACCAGUGCCUUCUCUGCUGUUCAACGGUAUCAUGGCAUUGAUCUACUUGUGUGUGGAAGACAUCUUCCAGCUCAUUAACUACUACAGCUUCAGCUACUGGUUCUUUGUGGGGCUUUCUAUUGUGGGUCAGCUUUAUCUGCGCUGGAAGGAGCCUGAUCGACCUCGUCCCCUCAAGCUCAGCGUUUUCUUCCCGAUUGUCUUCUGCCUCUGCACCAUCUUCCUGGUGGCUGUUCCACUGUACAGUGAUACCAUCAACUCCCUCAUCGGCAUUGCCAUUGCCCUCUCAGGCCUGCCCUUUUACUUCCUCAUCAUCAGAGUGCCAGAACAUAAGCGACCUCUUUACCUCCGAAGGAUCGUGGGGUCUGCCACAAGGUACCUCCAGGUCCUGUGUAUGUCAGUUGCUGCAGAAAUGGAUUUGGAAGAUGGAGAAGAGAUGCCCAAACAACGGGAUCCCAAGUCUAACUAAACACCAUCUGGAAUCCUGAUGUGGAAAGCAGGGGUUUCUGGUCUACUGGCUAGAGCUGAGGAAGUUGAAAAGGAAAGCUCACUUCUUUGGAGGCACCUGUCCAGAAGCCUGGCCUAGGCAGCUUCAACCUUUGAACUUACUUUUUGAAAUGAAAAGUAAUUUAUUUGUUUUGCUACAUACAGUUCCAGACUUUUAAAGCGGACAAUAGAGGAGACUGGGGAGAGGAGCAUGUCAGGUGUGGGCUUGGUGGUUUUAGAAGCACCUGAGUGCGCCUACCUACUCCUCUUUUCUUUUAAAAGGGCCCACAAUCCUCCAAUUGUCUCCUUUAGAGAGACAUCAAACUAUCACAGGUGCUGGAUGACAAUAAAAAGUUAUGUUCCUAAA